CAAAUAUUCCCAACAGCAUAUUGCAAGGAUGUGGACUGUCCCUUCCUGUUUUAGAGCCACCGUAGCUCGGUUGAGCAGAAAGACAGCCAGUCCAAAGGCGAACAUGUCCGGAUCCACGCUGGGUUGGACCCCCAAGCGGAAUGGUGUUUUCCGAGCCGGGUGCUUUAUUAGCGUGUAGUGCUCACUGCUAACCAAGCAGGCCUGUUUAUUGCCAAUCCCUUCCAAUCUGUCAAUGCUUGUCCUCUUAGUCUCAUGGCGGAGACCAAAAUCAUUUAUCACAUAGACGAGGAGGAGACUCCCUAUCUGGUUAAACUGUCCGUUUCUCCAGACAAAGUCACCUUAGCCGAUUUCAAAAAUGUUCUCAACAAUCGACCCGUCCACAGCUACAAAUUCUUCUUCAAAUCGAUGGACCAGGAUUUUGGGGUUGUCAAAGAAGAGAUUUCCGAUGACAACGCUAAGCUUCCUUGCUUUAAUGGCAGAGUGGUGUCCUGGUUGGUACUAGCAGAGAGUGCUCAUUCUGAUGGAGGAUCUCAGUGCACAGAGAGCCAUCCGGAGCUUCCACCUCCUCUUGAGAGAACAGGCGGGAUCGGUGACUCCCGGCCCCCUUCCUUCCAUGCCAACGCGGUGAGCAGUCGUGAUGGCCUCGACACUGAGACAGGCACGGAGUCCCUGUUCAGCCACCGCCGAGAACGUGAAAGAGAGCGAGCGCGGAGGAGAGCUCGAGAAACUGAAUUCCCUCGCAUCAAUGGUCACUCUAAAUCGGAGCGCACUGCAAGGGACUCGGCUAUGGGUUAUGACAGCACCUCCGUGAUGAGCAGUGAGCUGGAGUCAAGCUCAUUUGUCGACAGCGAGGAAGAUGAAGACGCAAGCAGGCUCAGUAGCUCCACGGAACACAGUACUUCGUCGCAGCUGAUGCGCAGGCACAAGCUCCGUCGGCGGAGGCACAAAGUGGCCAAAAUAGACCGGUCUUCAUCCUUCAGCAGCAUCACAGACUCCACAAUGAGCCUCAACAUCAUCACUGUUACACUAAACAUGGAGAAGUACAAUUUUCUGGGCAUCAGUAUUGUCGGUCAGAGUAACGACCGCGGUGAUGGCGGCAUCUACAUUGGCUCCAUCAUGAAGGGAGGAGCUGUGGCUGCUGAUGGAAGAAUAGAGCCUGGAGACAUGCUCCUCCAGGUGAACGACGUCAACUUUGAAAACAUGAGCAAUGAUGAUGCUGUGAGAAUCCUGAGAGAAAUUGUUUCCAAAACUGGUCCUAUUAGUCUCACCGUUGCCAAAUGUUGGGACCCCUCUCCAAGAAGUUACUUCACCAUCCCUCGUGCAGAGCCAGUGAGACCCAUUGACCCUGCCGCCUGGAUUUCACACACCACUGCCCUAACAGGACCGUACCCUCACUAUGAGUUUGAUGAUUUGCCUCUAUCAACAAGUAAAACAGACAUGGCGACCAUUGUCAAGAUCAUGCAGUUGCCAGACUCUGGCCUGGAGAUUCGUGACCGGAUGUGGUUGAAGAUCACCAUUGCUAAUGCCGUCAUUGGCGCCGACGUGGUGGACUGGCUCUACUCCCGAGUCGAGGGCUUCAAGGACCGACGGGACGCCAGGAAGUAUGCGAGCAGUCUGCUGAAACAUGGCUACCUGAGACACACGGUCAACAAGAUCACCUUCUCUGAGCAAUGCUACUAUACCUUUGGGGACCUCUGCCAAAACAUGGCGUCACUCAAUUUAAAUGAGGCAUCCAGUGGAGGCGGCUCUGAACAGGACGCUUUGGCACCGCUUCCUCCCGCCACCAACCCCUGGCCAAUGGGUGGGCAGCCAUUUCCAUAUCCUCCCUUUCCUUCUGCGCCCCCCAGCUUCCCGCCCGGAUACUCGGACCCGUGCCACAGUUUCCAUAGUGGGAGCGCAGGCAGCCAACACAGCGAGGGGAGCCGUAGCAGUGGAUCCAACCCCAGUGCCACCAAGGGCCGGCGCUCGUCCCCGCAGGAGAACGCCCACAAGUCAACCUGUGGAGACUCAGAGCCAGGUGUCCGUGGAGGGAAGCGAGGCGACAGGUGCGCCAGCCAAACGAGCCAUCACAGCCGCUCCCGAUCCAGCCUGUGUCACAGCCACUCACACAAGAACCACCACUCCGCCUUCACCUACAGCCACGCCCCUUUCUCCCAGCAGGGGCCGGGCUCAUGCGGCCACAGCGAGCAAAGCCACGCCUCCUCCUACGGCCCUCCGGGCUUACCGCCACCGUAUUGUUUGGCCCGUCUGGCCCCGAAGGCCAGUAGCAGUACACCGCCGGGAGCUCCUCCGGGUAGGGAGUUAGCCGCCGUUCCGCCUGAGCUCACUGGCAGCCGCCAGUCCUUCCAGCACGCCAUGGGCAAUCCCUGUGAGUUUUUUGUUGACAUCAUGUGACAGGACAGUGCCUUUAAAUUAAAACGCGACAGCUCCUGCACCCUCGUCAUCAUUUCGGGCUGGAUCGGCUAUAUAGCAGCUCCAGUAUUCCUCGGAAUCCCAAAGGAUUACAGCAGCAAGAGUUUGGAUGUUGCAGUGUACAGUUUGUUAAGUGGUGUCCCUCGGAGCUUUCACUCCAUCUUGGAUAUUUUCUCCCUCCCCCGCAAGACCUUUAAGCUGGCUGGGCCUGGACUUCAAUCCCCAGACCGUCACCGACAUGUCGCACUUACUGUUUUUUUUAGUUUUUUGUACUUCUGGGAGUCCAUUGACGUGUUGAUGGAAUACUGCAUGUCAACCCCAACCUGUGACUGUAGCAUUACCAGGGAGUUUUGAAGCUAUCUUCUUCAUCUCCGUAACGGUGGUGGGGGGGGGCGGCAUCAUGCAUGACUUUCAACUGCUUUAAGAAAGUUUUACUGAAACUAAUUUUCUUUCAAGUAUUAUUACCUUUAUUCGGGGGUUGCCUCUUGCCAAAAGGAACAAGUCUUUACACUGAAACCACGUUUGUGUUAUUCGUGUGAUUGCGUCGCAUUGAUGGUCGCCAUACUACGUCAUCCACAUAUGGCUGGACUGACAAUCAAGACAUCUGUCAAUCAGUGGCCAGUCUUCACAGUUGUCGCUGUGCUUUGUCGAAUGUAAUCGUCAUGACUUGAGAGUCGGUUCACUUUCAAGGUGUUUGAAUCCGAUUGCAAACAGUGGACAUCUCUACGAAGGGUUGCUUUGGUUUAGGCUGUGUGAUGUGAGCAGCUGUGUGUUGCCUAACAAUAAACCAAUUAAUAUGAUUGGAUUUUGAUUGACUUGCCGUCAUGAUGGUUCCAAUCAUUUGCCACGUCAAGCAUGAAUGUUUAAGGCAAAUUUGCCUGCAUGAAAAAACUCAUAGUGUUAAAAAAAAAAAACAGACUCAGACAUCAAAAGAGCCGCAUAUAGCUUUCGAGUGAUAGGUUCCCGACCCUAGAGCCAGAGGUCACUGACCUUUUUGAAACUGAGAGCUACUUCUUCAGCACUGAUGAAUGCAAAGGGAUACAAACUUCUGAUAUUACCGUGCCAAUUACCUUUAAUUAUGUGUUAUUAUUAAUGAUUAAUGAUAUUCAUCUAUGGGAAGACAUUGAUCAUUGAUGUUAUAAAUUUAAUUUAAUAUAAAUUUCUUGCCAUUGUAGUCGAAUACAGGAGAACGUGGCCAUUACAUCCCUUCCAUAUUUCUUAUCUUCAAGUUUUAACGGGCGUUAAAAAUCGAUUGCGUAGACCGAACUGUUGGCUCAAAACCACCUUUGACUCGUGGAUUCGUUCUGCUUGGCGCCCCAAAUCAAUACAAACCCAACAGUUGAAAAUAUCAUGACAAAAGUCCAAAAUGUUGAUCUAAGCCAGGGGUGGGCAAACCACGGCCCGGGGGCCACAUCCGGCCCGCCAAGUGUUUGAAUACGGCCCGCCCAAUCUUUCCAAAGUAUUUAAUUUAAACUCAACAUACAAGCUGGCAUCAUGGCCUGAGCCAACCUUUUGAUGGUUUUAUCAAUUUCUGUUGUUUACAAAGUGCUUCUGAAUAAAGGGACACAAGCACAUAAUAAUAAUAAUAAUAAUUAUUAUUAUUAGAUUAUUAGAUUAUUAUAAUUAUUAUUAGAACUAUUAUGAUUAUUAUAAUUAUUAUAUUAAUGCUAAUUAUUAUAUUAAUUAUAUAUAAUAUUAUUGUUAUAUUUGCAUAUUUUACAUAAUAAUAUAAUAAUUAUUAUUUUAAUUUUAUUGUAAUUAUUAUAAUAUUUUAUUAUUUUUAAAAUAUUUAAAUAUAAAUAUAAAAUAAUAAAUAAUAAUAGCAGAUUGCAUGACAAUUUUACAGAUACAAUAAUACCAGGUGGACUGUUAUGUGUAAAAUAUAUAGUCUGCCCCCCUCCCCCCCCCGUAAAUUUUGUCAUAUCAAUGCGGCUCGCGAGUCAAAAAGUUUGCCCACCCCUGAUCUAAGCUAAUGUGUGUGAAUAUUUAUAGGUCCGCUUUCAUGAAUGACAAAGAACAUUAAGAAAUAUUCACAUUUGAGAGGCUAUUUACAUUUUGAAAUUAAAAAAAAACCCAACAUAAAUCGAAAUAAAUUUAACUUAAGUCAUUUUUUUUUUGCUUCACUCCCAAUCCAUGAAUCUGUGGUCUUGGGUGGUUUUAUAGUCCAACUGUUCCAAAUGUAGCCAAAGCGCAUAUCACACAGCCUUACUAGGGUGACUCUUACCCAAGCUCCCCUCCGUGUUGUUGUCCUGAAGCUGCCUGAAGUCCAGUAGAUGCUGUCUCCUCAGACCAGACAAAUGCAGCACUGACAAAUUAAGACGUUCAACAAGCACUUUUCAAGUUGUGUCCCUCUUCUUAAAGUCUGAAACACUGUUUGCAAUCAUAACUUGUCUUUCUUUACAAAAGAAAAGUUAAUUGUACAUACAAAUUUAUCAUAUAUGAUUAAAAAAUCUAUAUGUUGGAA